UCAGAUGCAAAUUGCUAAAUGCUGUCCCGGGUGCCGGUAGCAUCCAGGUUCUCCAGCCCAGAUCCACUCUUCGGUGAAGUUGCCCCUGAGAUCAUCGAGGACACACUGAUCCACCUGGCCAUGGAGAAUGAGCAGCACCUCAGCGUGCUGCCCGACCCUGCGGGCUGCUUCAGGGAGGCGCGCGCUGUGGAGUUUAUAUUCCUUCUGUCUGAAAAAUGGCACCUGGACCAACCAGCAAGGUAUCAAGCAGUAGAGCUACUUGAAAGGUUUAUGAUCAAGCAAGUAGAACAAAUCUAUACGUCCCCCCAACAGAACGUUAUCGGCGGUGAAGAAGGCAGAAGCCAGAACUCUCUGCAAGAACAGAUCUAUGACACAUUUGUCCUACGGCUGGUGUCGUGCAUUCAGCUUGCAAGCAAACUUUCCUUACACUAUAAUGCAGUUAAUAGUGACACAGCUUUAAAAUUUCUGCAGUCCUUAAGAUACUCAUACACAAAACAAGAGUUGCUUGAGUCAGAGCUUGCUGUUUUAGAAACUCUGCAGUUCCAGAUCAAUGUGUUGACUCCACUGGCUUACAUUGAACUGCUUCUAGAGGUUUUAGGACAUAAUGGCUGCUUACUUCCUGCAAAACCGCUGCAUCAGAUGUGCAUACAACUACUAGACUUCUUCUAUCUUAAAAGAGAUACCAUCUAUGACACUUUACUGAGUACUGCCAUUGAGAACUUGACACCAAGUGAACUGCAGAUAGCGAAGUUCUUGAUAGUAAAGGAAGAUUUAAUGCUCUUGGCAGUUGGAAUCAUCAGCACAAGUGCUUUCAUGCUAAACCCUGAGCACUGGAAGAAGGUUGUGGAGCAUUUAAACUGUAUUACUGGCAUUACUUCACAAAGUAUCUCAGAAUUUUCAUAUGCAGUACUGAAACACAUUAUUGGCAGUAUCACUCCGAAACAGCACCAUAGGAGGUAGAAGAAAAAUUCCAAAGAAUAGAAUUAUGCCUUUUAUAUACAGCUAUCCUCUGGAUCUAUUAGUUAGUUUGUUAGUAGCAAAUAGUUACUCUUUUGAUGGUAUUUCACCUCCUGUGAUACUACACAGGGCACCCAAAUUGAUUUUCUUUUGAUUUUGAAUACCAUGUCUGUUCUGUAAUAUUUCAUAUGCUAUGUUUAAGUUAGAAAAGCUUGUACUUCCAGGCUAUGCACUAGUGCUGUGAAGAGAGGUACACAGGAACAAACUGCGUUUAGAAUACCUUUUUCAGCUCCAAAAGCUUUAUUUUAAGAGCUACAUUUAACUUACUGAAUAUGUUUUGUUUGAAAACUGUAAGGAGUCUUGAUUUGAAAAAGCAUUAAUGUGAACGUUAUUCAGCUUGGUAACCAGUACUGCUACAAGUUCACAAGCCCAAUUAUUACAAACUGGGCAGUACUUUGCUGCUGGUUUAAAAACUAACUGUUGUUUCAGACAGCUUGCUGCAGCCAGGCUGCUUGUCACAAUGUUCCCUUUGCCAGUAGUCAGAGGCUUGUUUGCUCUUGCCUUCAGCAAGCCAGCUAGCUGAGCAGUGUUGUGGAAAAAAAACCUCACCUAUUUAG